AAUAGUCAUUAUCUACGGACAGCUCGCUUCUCGUGCCUAGCAAUCUUGUGGUCGCAUACUAUCAGCUUAUGUCUACCAAUUCAUUCAUUGUAUUGUGUAGAAAUAUUCCACGUCUUUAAAAACAGACAAAAAAAAAUUAUCGCGAGGCAUUCCAACUAUUUUGUUUUGGACGUGAUUGGAGCCACUGACAAGUAACUGUCUAUAUGAGAGAGGAGAUGCUCAAGUUAAGCUCAAAAACAAUUUUGAUUCACAGCUAACAGCGAUCAAGUUUAAGAAUUGCCUAACUCUACUGAUAGAGGUGCCGAAAAGUGAGAGGGAUUCAACGUCUGUGUAGUCGUGUGUGGUAUAUUUUGUCGUUCCUGUGCUCAUUCAAAGUAUAAUUAAAGAGAAGUGAUGGCCGCGGCCUCUGUGGAUGCACCGGGACAGGACGAGCUUGAGGAUAAUAAGAUCAAGCUCAUAACAGAAGUCUACAGACCUAUACUAUUAGAGAAUCUCGAUGUGAGGGAUAUUGCAGAACAUCUGAAGGUUCAGUUUGUUGGGGGAGAUGACGGCAGUCAUGAGAUGUUCAAAGACGUUCUUGAGUUGAUUGAAACAUCAAAGGCGACACGUAAAGAAAUAACAAACCAAUUCCUAGAUGCACUCCAGACUAAGAAAGACAAAAGAGGGCUCUUUUGCGCCGUUGUCGAUGCUCUCUACCAAUCAGAUAACGAUGCAAUAGCAAGACAUUUGGAGGGAACACGGCAACUCGACACAAAGAAAAGGGAACAUUAUCGCUCUUUUCUUUGGCUCUACGCUAAUCGAUUGGAGGACAUCGAACCUCUCUGCCUCAUUGCCGAUCUAAAGGAAUAUCUAACGAAGCGAGAUAGCGAAAAAAUACGGAAGACGGUGUGUAAUCAAGGUAACUGUGCAGGCGCCACAGAACUUCUCUUGAGACUGGACCGUAAAUCAGAGGACUGCUUCAAAGAAUUCAUCCAGGCCCUUCAAAGGCACGGCGUACACAAGCUUGCAAAGGAAAUGGAGGACAUGAAGAACUUCGCCUUAGGAAUCAGCCCAGAUGAUGAUGAUAAUGAUGUCGACAAUGGACUCAAUGGCGAGGAUAUUCCUGUAGUCGGCAACACAGAGAACACGAAAGAGGGGGAGUUUAAACCAAUAAGUCUCUAUGACUACCAAGAAGAGGUCCUCACACCAGCCCUGAAGAGAAAGAACGCCAUGGUUGUCCUACCGACGGGGACAGGAAAGACAGAAGUCGCCAUCGCUCUAAUAGAUCGGUUGUUCCUAAACAGGGGCCAACCAUGCCAACAGAAGACUGUGUUCGUAGUGAACAAAGUUCCUUUGGUGAAGCAACAGAAGGACAGAUGUCUGAAAUACUUGGAAGGAAAAUGCAGGGUCGCUGGAGCAAGCGGCGAGGAGUUAAACCAUGUGCCAUUAGACAUCGUCAUCGGAAACAACGACAUCGUCGUCCUAACGGCACAGGUGCUCGUCAACGCCCUAAAAGACGAGAACAUUAAGCUUACACUCUCCGACAUCGCUCUCCUUAUUCUUGAUGAAUGUCAUCACUGUCAGAAAUCCAAUCCUUAUAAUAUUCUAAUGGCGUUGUACAGAGAUCUUAAACUCAAUUCCCCUAGAAGCCCAAGACCACAGAUCCUUGGUCUGACAGCGUCCCCUGGUGUAGGUAAUUCGAAGGAUAUCGCCCAAGCUGAAGAAUAUAUCACUAAGCUAUGUGCUAACCUAGACUGUAGAAUAUCAAGACCAAGUAUCUACGCUCAUAAGCUUGGUAACAAGAAAAACUCGCCCAAGGAGAUCCAGAAAAUAGUGAAAGGAAGAUCACUAGAAGAUGGCUACUUUCGUGAGAUCAGUGUCAUCAUGGAAUGCAUAGAAGAUAGAAUCAAAGAUGUGGAAGCCGGGAGGACACUGGUAGAGGAAAAUGAUGAAUUCACUAGGAUGGCAUCCCGCCGGGGUACACAAGGAUAUGAACAGAGUGUUGUCAAUUUGAGGAAGAAAAUUCAACAGGAGGUGGAGGACGAGGAUGACAGGAGAGAGCUAAUGACUUGUGUUAAUUAUCUGAGGCAAUACAACAACAGCUUAUUCGUGAACCGCGAUGCGAGGACAUCCGACGCUAUCGCCUACAUGGAAGCAUAUAUCGACGAGGAGGAGAUUAGUAACCCUUCUGGUCCGGUCGAUAUGAUACUCAAGAAGAUGUUCAGAGAUAAGCUUGACAAUUUGAACAGAAUUGCCAAUCUACAUGUCAAUAGUGUCAAUCCUGUAUUGAAUGAGCUUGGGAAUCAGUUAAAGAAGGAGUAUAAGAAGAAUGCGGACUCCCUUAGCAUCAUUUUUACAAGGACAAGAGAAUCAGCCAAGGCUUUGGUUAAGUGGCUGAAUGAAGACCCGGAGCUUGGGCAUCUGAAUGCUGACUUACUGAUUGGGAGCGGCAAUCAAGGUAUGACAUCAACAGAACAGAACAGGAAUCUGCAAUUGUUUAAGGAUAAGAAAUACAAGAUCAUGGUUGCCACGUCGGUCGCAGAAGAAGGUCUGGACAUCACAGAUUGUAACAUGGUUUUCAGAUACAACUACGUCACCAGUGACAUUGGCCAUGUUCAGACUAAAGGUCGAAGCCGAGCGAAAUUCAACGGGAAAAUCGUCGUCAUUGUGAAUUCUGAUCUUCAGCUUCAAGACCGUGAACUCAAGAAUAUCAUAAGGGUGAAGAUGAGCGAACAAGCUAUCAAAAACGUCGCCGAUGCCGCUCUUAAUGAUGAAAAAGCCUUUGAAGAUAAAAUUGCUUUGGUACAGAAGAAAGAUCAGAAAGAGCGACAGCGGGAAAAGGAUCUUGCACGAGCCAACAAGGCAAAGAAAGAAGAGAGAACAGGCAUUGUCCUCCAUUGCAUCAAGUGCUUCCAUGAAGCCUGUUCUCUGGAUGACAUCAGGUCCAUCAGAAACCAGCACCAUGUGGUUAUGAACGACCUCUUCCUGGGAAAGAUUCAGCUUGUUGAUCUGAAGAAGCAGCCUCUGAUCGACGAAUUCAAGCACCAGCAGAAGAUCCACUGUGGCAACUGCCAGCAUAAAUGGGGCACCAUGGUGGUGUACCAACAAGAAAAGCUUCCAUUGAUCGCUGUCAAGAAUUUUACAUUGAAAGAUGGAAACGGCAGGAAAUGGUUUCCCAAAUCCUGGAAGGAAGUACCUUUCGUGGUCCACCCCAUAGAUAUCAGUGAUCUGGGAAAGCGAAGCAACGAAGGUGCAGUUGCUGAUCCAGAAGUUGUCCAGGAGAACGGAGAGAUCGAAGAAGACGAUGGCCCCAUCGAGUUCUCUAACAUCAUGCAGGUUGACGACUAGUUACCGUAGCAUGUGAGUGACCCAAAGCGGAGGAAACGAUAUUGUUCAUAUAAUAAAAAUAAUAAUCUUCCGAAUCGUGUUCACGUUGGAAGAUGAGAACUUUGCAUCAAGAUAUAAAGGAGGAUAUUUUUAUAUAAUGUUCCAUUGGUACGACUCUGGUAUGAAUAUGAAGGUAAUAUUAAGGAGAAGAUCCACAAUUUGAAUGACAAUAAUAAUCACGAUCUAGCAUAGAUUUCAAACUUAUCCUUAUGCACUUAGUGUAUGUGACAUGCAAUGACAAGAGAGAUGUGCUUUCAAGGAACUGUUGAUUAUCAGAUUAUAUGGUAUCAUUCAGCAUUGUUAUACAAAUUGCACGAUUCAUCGAAAAAUUUAGCGAUUACAGCGAGUCAUAUGUACAUAAAACAGAUCAUUCAAUCAUAGAUUAUACAUGAUAUGAAGUGCCAUACGGACAUUGUAUUGUCAUGAAUGUGGGACAUAUUUUAUGUAGUUGCAUCGGCUUUAAACCGAAUUAAGACUAUUUUUAAUAGGAAUAUAUUGCUUUGGAUAGGUCAUUGUAGGCAAAGGUCUAUUGAUGUUGAACGGGUAUUCUGAGCGCGCGUUAAUACUGAAAUCUAUGUUUUCGAAAUUCAGUAUUUUUUGUAGAUUUUAUUGAGAAUUGAGAAUUAUUUCAUAAUUCAUUUUGCGCUUCAUCUCAUUUUCUCUGUCGGUAAUUCGCUAAGAAUUUCAAGAUCCUUGAUCGCAGUAAGAGGAUAAGGAGGCCAAAUAAAAAUGUUAUUUUAUAAUGAAACAUAGUUUCGCAAUAAAUGUUGCCUCUGUUUAGAGGAAGAAGGCAGAAUAUUAAUGAUUCGUGAACAAAUAUCAACCACAAUGUCACAUUUUACCAAUUAGCUAGGGUUAAUUAUCACAAAAUAUUGUGCUUUUUUGAAAAUUCCUUAAAGCUUAACAUAUUUCGUGCACCUUUGGUGCUCUCAUUGAAUCAAACAUUCUGGUGUAAUAUAACAGUUUCGGAUGAUUUUGUAAAUGAAUGUUAGUUUUUGGUUCGGCCAUGUGACUUUUAUGACUUCAAAACAUUAUAUUUGUGAGCGUUUUAGUGGUGACUACAAAUAAUGGUCUUGAGGUAUAACCGCCUUCCAUUAGUACCAUUACAGACAUUUUUAUUACGUGGCGUGAUUUUAGUUUUAAUACGUUGUUGACUAACCUUAAGAUUUUUAAUGUAUGUCAAAGUAUUUACAAUACGAUUUUACUGUCCCUCUGUGGUUUAUACCACAUUUAUUAUUAAAUGUUAUUCGUGUGACCCUUAAGCACUUCUCAGUUCAUCGUCAUUCUAUGCGCUGACAUCAAAUCAAAAUUAUGUUACUGUUAUAAGAUAUUAUAAACUCGUGUAAACACCUUAUACUUUCUUGUACUGGUUACAUAUAGUCAUAACAAAACAAAUCCGAAAUUUAAUCGCUUUUUUGCCAAUUUAAUAUUUAUUCAAAGUUACUCAAACUUUUGACGUUCCCCAGGUCUUUAUCCCGAACAAAAUUACAAUAAUAUGAUCAAUCGUAAUUACAGGGCGCAUCCUUAUAGACGUUAUAUAUAUGAUAACUGGCUGAUAAACGCAUAUACGUAUGUAUAUAGAUCAAUUUACUAUGUAUAUGUUUUCGUGGCAAACUUUAACUUCUGUAGUUUAUGUAUAACUAUAUGAAUAUAACUAUUACUAGAAAGAGAAUUAUUGUAUUUACUAUUAGGUUGGCAUUGUAUAUGUAUCUGACUAUAUGCUUGGCAUUGCAUAUGUAUCUGACACUGCAUCGGUCACGUUUAAACGAGAACAAAAACAUUGUGAAUUUACAUAUCGUAGUUUUUACGUUGAAAAAUAUAUUUUGUUAAAUUACUAAUAUAGAGAGCCAAAGUGUGACGUCAUGGCGGGCUGGUUCUAAACAGAGUCGCAACUGACGAUUUUCUAUGACUUAGGCUCGUCUGAAAAAUAGAUUGCAAGCGAUCAAAUUCCGAUAGCAGCCAUUUUCUUCUAUGAAAAACAACGCUUUCAUUCGGCGGGUUCAUUUGUUAGAACCAGGCCGCUAUGACACCAUGAAAACUGACGUCAUCGCUUCGGUACUCUAUUGCUAAGGUAGUUUUUGUACAUGAACUGUUUCAAAAUUUAAUUGACAUAAGGAAUGUUGCAAUCACACAAUUAAAAAAGAAGAAUGU